UUGCUGACAUGAAGGAGAGGAGAAAGAUAGAUCUACUGCGUGUGCAAGAGGCGAAGUAGCAGGGAAGUAAUGCGAGGCUGUUAGGAGGAGUCUUCAAGAUAUUUUGUGAUGGUAGGGUUGGGAGGAGCACAGUGGAAGUUAAAAGGGUAUCUGGCCGGAUAUUGACGGUGAAGUUGGCUAUUGAAGGGGUGCUACUGAAUGUGAUCAAUGCGUAUGCCCCACAAGUAGGAUGCGAAUUGGAGGGGAAGGAAGAACUCUGGAGUGAACUAGAGGAAGUGGCUCGGAGCAUACCGACAGCAGAAAGGAUAGUUUAUGGGAGCGGACUGCACUGGCCAUGUCAGAGAAGGGGAUGGUGGUGAUGAGCAUGUGAUGGGCAGAUAUAGAGUGGGAGAAAGAAACCUGGAAGGAUAGAUGGUUGUCGAUGCUGCUAAACGGGUGGAAAUGACAGUAGUGAAUACUUCUUUUAAGAAAGAAAGGCACAGAGUAACCUACAUGAGUGGGAGUAGGAGUACACAGAUAGAUUACAUUCUGUGUAGAGGAUGCGAUCUGCAAGAAUUUAAAGAUUCUAUGGUCGUAUCUGGAAAGAGUGUAGCAAAACAACAUAGGGGAGUGAUUAACAAAAGCUUUGAAGUGAAGUCGAGGAGGAAAUUUAGGACAGAACCAAAGAUCAAGUGGUGGAAUUUAAAAGGACACUUACACAUAGCAUCCAAGGAAGAGGUUAGGCAGGGAGGAAAUCGGAUGGACAAAGAUCUUAGAUACAGUGAGAGAGAAAGCAGAGAAUAUAUUUGACAUAACAUCUCAGCGAAACAAAGAAGAUGAAGAUUCUUGGUGCUGGAAUGAAGUGCAGGAUGGCAGAAAUAAAAAGGAAGGUGCAAAAAAGAAAUGGGACAGACAAGGCGACAUGAAAAGCCAUCAAGAAUACAAAGAUAUGUGCAGCAGGACAAAGAAGGCAGAUACAAAGGCAAAAAGAAAAUGUGUAUGAGAAGUUAGACACUAAGGAAGUGGAGAAAGAUCUCUAUAGACUGGCUAGACAAAGAGACAGAAGUGGGAGAGAUGUGCUGCAUGUAAAAAUGAAAAAGGAUGCAGUUGGAAACAUUUUGGCAGAAAAAAUCCAAGGAAAACGGUUUGAUAUGCCUCGUAAAGGGGUUAAUCCUUGCAUAGCGCUGUGGAUAUUUGCCCUUCUCAGUAUCCGCACGACCGUCUAUGCUACGCUCGCCACAAACCAAAACAUAAAGAUACAGACUAUAAACUACAAAUGGAUCGACGAGGAAAAAGCAGAAGUGACGGCGUGUCUUGAAAGCGAGGCGGACGGGACCCCCUUUGGGCAGGUCGACCUCCUCGUCACCAACGCUCUCGGGAGGGCGUGGCGGACCAGAGGAGGAGGAGGAGCAUUGAGGAAAACGGAGAAGGAAUUUUGCUUCGCUGGGAUAAGUCUCGAGAAGAAGGAUUUGGUGAAGACGUUGAGCUUCAAGAUCUUGGAGAACGGGAGUGAUGAAUCGAUUCAGGAGCUGGAGACGUUCUUCAUAGUCCCAGAGGUAACUCCCAUGAAUGAAGACGUCUACGAGAUCUGCUGGAAUGACCCCGAAGGACUCGCUUUUGCCUUGGCCGAAGAAGACGUUGCUCAGCCGCUCGCCUCUCCCCCGGCGGGAUGCCACGAAUGCUGCCUUUACCUUACUUCAAGGAGUCCAGGCGACCUCGUGACCCUGGAAACAGCUGGUACGAAAGAGUCCCUCGUCAGACAGCUGGUGCAAGUCCGCCUGCCUGAAAACCUCGAGGAAAAUCAAACGAAGCCACAUGCAGCCGUUGAUCUCACCAUCAAGGAACUCCACAAGGUAUCCAGAGACGACGACCCGAGCGGAAGAGAACAGAACGUGAAGGUUUUCUUGGAUCCUCAUCAAGCAACAGAGGCAGACGAUUUUCUACUCAUUUUAAUUCUGUUAUCAAGCGGGCAACAGGAAUUUUAUGCCUUUUUGGAAAGCAAUGAUGAUGCCACAGAGCUUGAGUUCGAAGGAAAUUUUCAAGAUUCAACUCUUGUCAUGAUAAGUGCUAUGAAAGACGGGGUCAAUGUGGGAUUUGGCUCCGUGGGUCAGACCAUAACAGACCCGGGAUCUAGGGUGGCGAGGGUAGGGGACGCCAGCGCCCCGUCCCUGAGGGUGGAUCCAGGGGCGCGAGACCAGGUGGACGUCCCUGGAAAGAGUCCCUGCGCGGGAGGCUCUGGCCCUUGCUACUACGUCGGCCAGAGCGCCCCCCCGCCCCCCCUCUGCGACGACCUUCCCAAGAUCAAAUUCUGCGACGCCGUUGUGUCGGAAGUGCAGAACCCGGCCGACGUCCCGGCCCUGGAGCUCCGCAACCGGCAGGAGCUGCGAGUGCAGCAGCCCCGGCCCGACGGAGCGUGGACUGAGGUCGUGGUCUCCAGCGCGCGGGACGACUCCAUCCUGUCUCCCGACUGCUUCGGCUGCGACGACCUGGGCCACGGCAUGUGCUCGCAGCCUGUGGCCGUCGCCGACGACCUGGACGGUUUCGACGCGACGCUCGUCGUGCUGGGCGACGACGGCUACGUCACGGCGUCGCUCGCUGUGCCCUUCGAAGUGCACGGCUUUGCCGCGCUCUCCCUCUCCUCGGACGUCGUGCAGGUGGAGGUCGACCCUCGAUCGGGGGGCACGUACGAGGUCACGCUGCCCGGCCUCUCGCCCCCUCCCGCGGCCACCCAGGAGUGUCAGGUUGGGUCGCCGUGUCGCGUCUGGUUCGCCGAGAUGGACGGCGAACCAGAAAUCUCAGUGAGCGUCAGGAAGGAAUCCAAUACCAUUUAUGAGGAUAGACACGCAGGCCCGCCUCCUCCGUCGUCCCGAGUCGAGCGCCUCACCUCGCGCGACGCCGACGCCAGCACAGACGUCGAGGUGGCGAGCAGUAGACCCGUGACCCGAGCCGACCUCGUGACCUUCUCGGACGACGUCGCCACGGACGCCGACUGCGAAAGCCUCGCGGCGACGUCCUUGGAGUCCGGCUACUCGGUGGCCGCAGCCUCGCGCGGCGCAGGAGAGUGGAACUUCGUGGUCGUGGGAUACGGCGACGGCGACGCCCCGCUGGAGGCCGGCCGAGCGAAGGUGACCCUAUCAGACAUGGACUCGCGGGUGGGCGUGGUGGGCGCCGCCCGGGGCUCCCCAGACGCUUCUGUCAGGGUCGACGUCGGGAGCCUAGAUGGCGUUGUUGUCGAGGGCGUCGGGUCGUGCGCGAAGGCUGACAGUCCCUGCUACUUCCUGACGGAGGCGCUGACGGCGGGCACUCUCAGGCACUGCGUCACCAUCGCCAAUUCGGCAGGAGGCGGGAGCGGUGAUGUCGAUCAGUGUGACGCGUCUUUCACGCCCUUCAAACAGAUGGCCCAAGAACCAAUGUUAGAGCUGGUCGACAGAACUAUUCUGAAGGUUACUCCAGAGAAGUUGAAUUUCCAUUCCCUUGAGGUGGUGGUUUUCAACCCGCAGACUGAUGACCUUCUGAGUAAACCAAGUCCACUGUGCACUCCCGAUACCGACGAAUCCUGCAUUCAAGAGGUGAACAUUACAGAAGAACUCACGGACUUCAAGGUGCUUGUGGUGGCGGUGGACGCGGCAGGGGAAACACAAGAGUCUAUUCUUUCCCCUUUCUAUGACUUCAUGACCCGCGUCCAGCACUUCAACAACGGCAAUGACCUCGAAGUCCGGUGGCGAACCUCCACGGAGCAGACCUUCAGCAUCAGCAUUGAGGACGAUGUAUCAGGUGGCUUCACAAAGACGUCCAUGACAUGUGGACAGGACCUUAGGACAUGCAAAGCUUAUUUCACCAAGUUAAGCACAGAGGUGGCUCAUAAGGUGAAGGUGACGAAAGAUAAGACAGCCGUGUCGGUCUCCGUUCAGCCAAGCCAAGAUACCACGACGUCCCUUUCCAUUACACGAAUCUCCAAGGUCUCAACACUGCAUCCUCAAGCGCAGCUGACGAUCUCGUCCGACAUAGACGUCGAAGGGGUGAAGUACCUCGAGUACGUGGUGAUCGAACCCCCUGUUGGCAGCGAUAUUGUUCAACACAUUGCCUUCGCAGACUUCGAUGACGUCAUACACACAGGCAACAUCAUAACAUUCGAAGAUGUAGAAUCACCGAAGACGGGCGUCGAAGUGACGGUGAUGGUCAUUGCGCACACGGGUGACAGCGUGGACUCGGACGCCCUGGCCUUCGGGAAGGAAUUGGCCAUUUUUGAAGAGAUCAAGUUCCCAAUCAUGACAAAAGUGGGAACAGAAGCAUUCCAGUCCCUCAGAGUGGAGACGGGAGAAAUGGAAGUCAAAGUGAACGGUUUCCUGUGUCCAUCCAGCACAAUCUGCUACUAUUUGGAGCCACAAAAUAUCCUGGAGCCUCCCGAAGUCUGCAGGAUGGCCACCCCAACCCUCGAACAGUGUGACAUGACGGCAGCGUACGUACAGCCAGAGGUUCUGAUCGAUCCAUCGGUCGAGUUGAGACUCACCGGUGUGCCUGAGGAGGACCUUAUUAUCACCGCUGAAUUCUCCGAUACGUCGCUCACAAUGGAAGUGAAACUCUACACAAACUCGGAGGUUCUGACACCGGAGCCGCUAACCUGCAAUAUUGCUGGCCACACUCCACAUAGUUGUAUUUUUAAGGUGGAGCCAGAUGUUACAGACUUUAAAAUACUGUUGAUGGCAUUAGACAUUGACUCCACUGUGACAGAAUCUACCGUUGUGGAAUUUGAAGACUUCAUGCCUAGUGUCCAGCACUUUCACAACGGCGCUGACCUCGAAGUCCGGUGGCGAACCUCCAGUGAGCAGACCUUCAGCAUUAGCACUGAGGACGACAUCUCUUUGACAAGGUCGUCCAUUACCUGUGGACAGGAACUUAGGACAUGCAAAGCUUAUUUCACGAAGUUGAAUCCAGAAGUAAUUCAAAAUGUGAAGGUAGCGAAUGAUAACACAGCUGUAUCGGUCUUAGUGCAAGCAGACCUAGAUGCCACGACGUCCCUUUCCAUUAGACGAAUCUCCAAGGUCUCAACACUGCAUCCUCAAGCGCAGCUGACGAUCUCGUCCGACAUAGACGUCGAAGGGGUGAAGUACCUCGAGUACGUGGUGAUCGAACCCCCUGUUGGCAGCGAUAUUGUUCAACACAUUGCCUUCGCAGACUUCGAUGACGUCAUACACACAGGCAACAUCAUAACAUUCGAAGAUGUAGAAGCGCCGAAGACGGGCGUCGAAGUGACGGUGAUGGUCAUUGCGCACACGGGUGACGGCGUGGACUCGGACGCCCUGGCCUUCGGGAAGGAAUUGGCCACUUUUGAAGAGAUCAAGUUCCCAAUCAUGACAAAAGUGGGAACAGAAGCAUUCCAGUCCCUCAGAGUGGAGACGGGAGAAAUGGAAGUCAAAGUGAACGGUUUCCUGUGUCCAUCCAGCACAAUCUGCUACUAUUUGGAGCCACAAAAUAUCCUGGAGCCUCCCGAAGUCUGCAGAAUGGCCACCCCAACCCUCGAGCAGUGUGACAUGACGGCAGCAUACGUACAGCCAGAGGUUCUGAUUGAUCCGUUGAUGGUUCAGCUGAGCUUCAACGGGAAGCCUGAGGAGGACCUGACUGUUGCCGCAGAAUUCUCCGAAGCGUCGCUCUCAAUGGAAACGAAACUCUACACAAGCUCGGGGGAUCUGACACCGGAGCUGCUAACCUGUGAUAUUACUGGCCAAUUUACAAAGACUUGCACAGUCAAGGUUGAGCUAAAUGUGACGGAGUUUAAGAUUUUAUUAGUGGCAUUAGAUUCUGAAUCCACUGUGAAAGAAUCAAGUGUUGUCGAAUUUGAAGAUUUCCAAACUCGAAUUCAACAAAUAACAUCAGACGCCAUCGAAGUCCGUUGGCGAGCUUCACAAAACCAGGAAUACGAGGUCGAAAUCUUUCCCGAAAUCGAAGGCAGCUUCAGCAACACUUUAGUGCUAUGUGGAGGUGAAGAGCCUGAAGAUAGCAACAUGUGUCUGGCUUACUUUAUAGCAUUAACUUUGAACAAAGAUUAUACGGCAAGUGUUAGGGUACGAGGUGACAUGAAAUAUGUAUCGGCUUCUGUGAAGAUGGAGACUGUCCAGGAAAGAAUAAACAUAACAGACCUGACACUGACCAGAACCGAAGGAACAAGAGGUCUCAACGUGUGUUUUAUGGAGGACCAAAACCCAAGUGAAGAAGAAAACCUUGUAUACAAGUUAGUGGCGGUUGAUGCCAAUGGCCGGCAGUUACAGAUGAUGUCGAAUUCCUCUCACUCAUCCCUCUCUGUCGUCAAGGAGAAGCUGUGUCUCGGUCCCCUGCCUCUCGACCCUGACUUCGACUUAGGUAACAAGGUCUGGAUUCUUGUCUCACAUGAGAAUCUCGACACCCAGAAAGUUCUGGUUGGACACACCGAGCUUUUCCUUUUGGACCUCCAUGAAGAAGAUGUGAGACAAAUGGGCGCGAAGACCUUGCGGGUGAAGUGGACCAACAACAACGAGGCCCCCAGCUUCGACGUCGGGAUUGGCGUCGACGACCUCUCCUCCGUGGAGUGUGGUGCGGGAAAGGACGCCGGAGGAGAGUGCAUGCGAUAUCUCCACGUGGAAGGCACAAGCAAGCAAGUCACGGUUACGCUGAGGGAGAUUGGGCUUAGUGUGAAUCAAGAAGUACAGGUUACAGCUACUUUGAAGGAAUUAACAGACAUAAGAAUAAACAAGACGGAAAUAAAUAGGGAAGAUCGUCUACGUGUGUGUUUCGAGUCCAACUCCGCGGAUUCGCUUUACCUCCUGGCCUUGGAGAACGAGGAGGGCGACGUUCAGGAGGACCCCCAGCUUCGCCCCUACAAUGAGGACGGCCUCACCUGCGUGUUAAGCAACGACGCAAUACAGGCAGAAGGAUACUUGUCCUUAUGGACUCUCGUAACAGCCUUCGACGUCUCUGGCGCAGUAGUGCAAGCCUCUGGGAAUACCUAUGUCACCGACUUUUUCUUGAGCCCCAAAAGAAGAGUCAACGCGGCCUUGAACGCCAACACCCACGACCUCCUCGCGUCGUGGUUUCUCUUCAGCGACCCCAGAGCCAUCAGCUCUUACGACGUGACGCUCGAGGAGACCACAGCAGAUGGCAGGAACGAGCUGGUGACUCUAGGAAAUACCGAAUCGUCCUAUGUCUUCAACGGCACGACGGCAGGACGCUACGCUGUGUGCGUCGUGGCAUCUGUGAAGGAAAAUAACGUAACCAGCCAAAAAGUGUGCAGUGCUAUUCUUUCCAUACUUCAGUCGGAUGUCGCAGUCCCGAACGUAACUGAAACAAGCCUGAAAUCCUCUGGGCCGACCAAGGUCCUCGUGACAUGGCAGAAUCCCCAAGAGGAUGCCGACGUCUCCAGCUACGUCAUUACGUGGUCUUCCUCGCCUUCCUUCUCGCCAACGCCGCCGCCGUCGUCCUCCAAUCUCUUAAGACCUGCCUACUCAGCCCCUCAUCCUCUUGGCCUCAUCCGACGAGCCAGCCCUGUUAGUGACGGCGACGAACAUCUCUCCUUCAUGGUUGUUCCGGCGUCCACCUCGAGCAUCGAAGUGGAGAACCUCGUGGACUCCCAGAGCUAUGAGAUGUGUGUCAGUUCGGUCAAGAGCGACGUGAUGGGGGACCAGAAGUGCAGUACAGUAAAUCAAGGGGCCUACCAGCCACUCGACCUCCCGAAGGACCUGGUCCAUGAGAACGAGGCGCUCCACUGGGUUGCCGUCCCCGGGGCUGCGACCUACCAGGUGGAGUGGCGACCUCGCUACGAAGGCGGCCUCUCGGAAGGAGGUCUGAAGGAGGUCACCGGCACGACCUGGCCGACGCAGGACCUCUCUCCGGGGUCGUGGGUGGUGGAGGUCAGGGCGGCAUCAGACACGAGUGUGAGCGAGGUUGCGAGCAUCAGGAUAUCGAAAAUUGGAAUCGAGGUCGGCCAAGCGACGCAGACGAACAACAGCCAACUGGAGGUCAGCUGGUGGGAAGAGCCCGUUCCCUCCUGCGCACAAACCCCCUGCAAAUACACCAUUACCCUUUCAAAUAACGGGAUGGUGACGAUUUACACCCGGUCGUGUUUGGGACGCAAGGGAGACUGUACGCAGCUGUUGGACGUGGCAGGAGCGUCGGAAAUCGAGGUGAAGGUGGAGAGAGAAAUGUUCUCGAGUUCUGCGAGACCGAGAGUCUACGCUUUCAAGGCCGUGGAGGAACUGCGCCAGAGCUUCUUCUCGGGCGGCGGGAUGGUGGAGCUGCGGUGGGCGCCGACGGAGGGCGCCCAGAUGUACAACGUGACCCUGUUCGCCGACGCCACCUUGGCCUCCGUCAGGCGGGCUGAGAUGAUCAGCCGGGAGUCAUACACUUUGAAUGGAGGCGAUCUGGUCGGUGACGUGUUCCAAAUUCAACCCUGCGCGGAUGUAAGCCAUUGCGGCGACCCUCAGAGUAUCGUACUGCAGAUCACUAGCGAAAAUUAUGACUAUACGGUCAUCAUCAUCGUCUCAGUCAGCGGCGGGAUCGUGGGGAUCGUCGGCUCCCUCGUGUCUCUUGUUCUGAGGAGGAAGCUAAAGAAGGAGGAAAAAAAAUUAGAUCGACAGGAAGAACCGCCACUGCCACUCCCAGUCUAUGACGAGUGGGGGGCAAGGCGUCUCGGUCAAAGAGCUCGACCGCCACCACAGGUUCCAGUGUACGACGAGUGGGGGGCGCGGCGCCUCGGUCAAAGAACCCAGCCAAUUCGGCCGCAGUACUGGCAGUGAAUGAAAUGAAACCGAAGUCCUCAUGACGUGACAGGACCCUUGAGAGGAUUUAGACGUCUUCAGCUUUGUCCUUAUUAAAGAGAGAGAGAGAGAGAGAGAGAGAGAGAGAGAGAGAGAGAGAGAGAGAGAGAGAGAGAGAGAGAGAGAGGAGAGAGAGAGGAGA